AUGGAAUCUGAACAUUCGGAACCCGACUCUUCAAGCAACUCAGAGUCACUUUCAUCAAUACAAGUCAAGCCCCCCGUAGCGACCCUUGAGAGUCCCAUACAUGAAGUCAGCGAAAAGACUUCGUUGCCAGAUCUUUCGCCGCCUGCUCAACCGAACGUUCAAGAUUCAGAGCAAACAAAGACACGGCAAAAUUUGUUGACGCGUACUUUGUGGACGUUCAUCAUGAUUGGUGGCUUCGUCGGCCUCCUCCUUCUUGGGCAUGCCUAUAUGGUUCUGUUGGUGAUGCUCUGCCAGACUCUGGUGUAUCGGGAAGUCACCGCCCUUUUCUCCCUGAAGUCUGCAACGCCAGAAUCUCGUGAUAAAGAGGAUUUGAAGGGGAAGGAUCCUUGGAGCAAAACUCUCAACUGGUAUUUCUUUGCGGUAACGAACUACUUCUUGUACGGUGAAAGUAUAAUUUACUACUUCAAGCACGUCGUUUUCGCAGAUGCUCAGCUCUUGCCAUUCGCGACGAACCAUCGUAUGAUCAGUUUUACGCUCUACACAAUAGGGUUCAUGGGGUUCGUGAUGUCAUUGAAGAAGGGUUAUCUCAAACAGCAGUUUGGUCUCUUUUGUUGGGUCCAUAUGAGCUUGCUUCUCAUCGUUAUGUCGAGCCACUUUAUCGUGAACAAUAUCCUUGAGGGUCUCAUCUGGUUUUGGGUUCCUGCAUCUUUGGUGAUCUGUAAUGAUUGCUUUGCAUACAUCUGGGGAAAAACUCUCGGUAGAACCCCCUUGAUCAAGCUUUCGCCCAAAAAAACAGUAGAAGGUUUUGUAGGCGCGUUUUGGAGCACGGUUAUUUUCGCCGUUAUUUGGGGUACAUACUUCAUGCGGUUCAACUACAUGAUCUGCCCUGUCCACGAUCUUGGCGUUAGUGCUUGGAGCUCCAUGCAAUGUGUCCCUAACCCGGUCUUUGUGUGGAAAACUCUGGAGCUUUGGCGCCCACUGGCUACACUUCUUACAUGGACGGGACAUGCUGUAUCGACUAUCUCGUAUGCGCCAUACCAGCUUCAUCUCCUACUAUUAGCUUUUUUUGCUUCCCUUGUUGCUCCAUUUGGAGGAUUCUUUGCUUCAGGCUUCAAGCGCGCGUUCAAUAUCAAGGAUUUCGGCCACAGCAUUCCGGGACAUGGUGGAAUGACUGAUCGAAUGGACUGCCAAUUUCUCAUGGGCGUAUUCACAUAUGUCUAUUAUAGUAGUCUCAUUCGCCAGAACAACGUUACUGUUGGAGGCAUCCUGCAGACCAUCGUUAGCGGUUUGACUGCGGAACAACAGCUGGAGCUUAUUGCUGAUUUGACGAGAUACUUGGGGAGUCAGGGCAUCAGUGUCCCGAAAUAA